UCAGGACCUUACACGGCCACGGCGCCAAUGGCCUCUACCUGCUGCGUGCCGAGGGCUCGCGGGAGCCGGUGACGGUGUUGACCACCAGUGAAGAUGUGCUAUUGGACGUUGAGUGGUGCCGCGGUGCCGACGUUUCCGCCAUGCGGCGCAUCGUGACGCUUCUGGGGCCACAGCCGGCCACGGUGGCGUUGGUACUAUACGCGCCAGGCAAACCCAUUCAAAGGGUGAGUCUGGAUGCAUGUAUGCAUGGCGUCCGAAACAGCAUCAGUUGUGACAACUUUGGGAGAUCCUUCUGCAUCCAUGUGCAAAGCGAACGAGGAAUGGGUUUGAGCAAUGAAGCCGACAGCGCCGAUAUCUUCGACCUGCGCCCGGAGCCCGCCGACGCGGUGGCGCACCGCUGCGCCGUGCACGUGCCGCCGCGCGAACGCGAACACGUGGGCCCCUCCGUGUCCUCAGUGCUCUUCUCGCCCAAUGGCCGCGUGCUGCUGGCGAAUGUGCAGAUCGAAAUGAGCAGCGAACUGCGCUGCAUCAGCGCACUGGACGGGAGGCAACUUUUCAGUGUGAGAUUCGAAGGCAUUUGCAGUGCAAUGUGGCUCUCCUCCGGCGCCUUCGAGGUGCCGGAGUUCCCGGCGCUGGACGCCGCGGCCAACGACCGCCGCGCCGCCGUGGCGGUGGAGCUCAGGGACCGCGAAUGGCUGCAGCGGCGCCGGCGGCAGCUGGAGACCGAGCACUCCGAGAACGGGAAUGGCGAUGCUCAGCAAAACAGGGAUGAGAUCGCUGAACUACAGGAGAUGUUGGCCCUGCCUGAGGACCAACUCAUCUUUCAGUUCACUUGCUCGGAAGGUUCGACCUUGAUGCCCACGGCGCAGGAGGAACUCCUGGGCGGCGGCUACCGCGACUUGGCGCUCAGCUUCUGUCGUUUGCGUCGCUUGGCUCCCUCGAAGGCGGAUGCCUUGGCCGAGCGCUUGGAGUUUCUAACGAGGCGGCUGCCGGCCAAGGGCGAAGUGGUGGCUAAGGCCAAGGCCAAGGCCAAGGCUAAGGCCACUGUUCGGCGCCGGAUGCCCGUGGACCCGCAGAACGCCGAAGCGCUCGGGCGGAGGGUCCGCGCCUUGCAGAAGAAGCUUCGGGAGAUCGACAAACUCAAGGCGGCACCGGAGACCUUGGAUGUCCUGCAGCGCGAGAAGAUGUCCUCGGAGCCCGAGGUGCGGAUCGAGCUGCAACAACUCGAGAGGCAGCUGCAGUUGCUGGAACGGCCCCCUCGAAUGAUUUUUGAUGUGGAGACUGAAGAAGGACUACAAGAGAUUCACUACCAUGACGGAGAUGAUUGCUAUGAACUGGCGAACACCUUCUGUCAAAAAUAUGGCUUGGAGAGGGGCCUGGCUGACCUGCUAGCCAGCAACAUGCAGGAGCGCUUGAUGCCAGGUGCAUAAGACAUGCCUGGAGCAACAAGUCUCCAGGUUCCGCCACGG